UGAUACAUAACAUUAACAUAACCCUAAAAAUUUCUACGAAGGACAUUGUAUAAAAGUUUCUGCUAAAUAGAUCAAAUAUGUAUUUAAAUGAAAUACCGAAGUCGACAAUAACUCUCGUGAAUAAUUUUCCAAAGGAUCACACAAGCCGAAUGAUUAAAAUGGCUUUGGCAUGUUUGCAACCACAGCCUCAAGAUUUAUCAAAGGUAAUCGAAAAAUUUUCCAAGGAAAAGAACAUCGAAAAGCACGAAAUAUCUGAGGUUUUAAGCAUAUACAUUGCUAUUCUGAAAGUGUUUGUAAACAGCAAUGACAAAGACUUCAUCCAGCAAUUGCUUGAAGUGGGAUUUACUAAUAAAUUCCUGGAAGAUUUACCGCUUGUAAGCAAUCGUCAAGAACUAGUUGAUACAUAUUUUAUGCCAAGCUAUGAGCAUUUUCAAAAUGUUGAUACAAUCAAGUGGCGAAUUGAUAUCAGUUUGCACAAUAGUACUUUGGGAAGCAAGAUCCUGCCUAGUAUAAUGUUAAUUAUUAAAAUGAAAGAUGGAAGGUGCUACACCAUCGAAAUGAACUUAAUUAUGUUUCAUAAACUUAGAUUUAACAUUGCUGUAAUUUUAAAAGAAAUGUCCAAACUAAAAUCUAGUUCAAUUGUAAAUAACUCUUCAAAACUAUUAAAAUAG